AUGCGAGAAAAGAACAUCCCAGAGAAGUGCAUCCGUAUAGUUCAAGAUAUGUACAAAGAGAGCGAGACAAUGGUCUGGUGCAUAGCGGGAACAACACAGCCUUUCAAGGUAGAAGUGGGGUUACAUCAGGGGUCAGCGUUGAGCCUGUUCCUAUUUGCCAUCAUCAUGGACACCCUCACAGAGAGCAUCAGGAAAGAGGCUCCUUGGCACAUGAUGUUUGCUGACGAUGUGGUGCUUUGCUGCGAAGAGAAAAUCGAGAUAGAGGAGGACCUGGAAAGGUGGAGCGAUAGACUGGAGAAGAGAGGAAUGAAUGUAUCAAGAGCGAAGACGGAGUACAUGUGCUUGAAGGAUCCAACCAGGAUGGAACAACUGGAAGAAGAUGGCCGGUGUGAUGUAUGA